AUGGCUUACAGUCUGACUUUCAUGUUCAGACUGAUACUUCUCUCUCUCGGGCUGACAGCUAACAAUUCUCUCAACUUGAAGGAGGAUCAGACUUCCACUGGCCACGGCGACGGUAUCUGCAAAUCACGCCUCGAGAUCUAUGGCUAUGAAUGCCAAGAACACCAUGUAACAACUGAAGACGGCUACAUUCUCAGCAUACAGCGCGUUCCUAACGGCCGUUCAGGUACUGGAAAAGAUGCGACGACGAAAGUUCCUGUGCUGCUACAACAUGGGGUUCUAAUGGACGGAAUCACAUGGCUUCUGAGCUCGCCUGACAAAUCUCUGGGCUAUAUCUUGGCUGAUAGUGGCUACGAUGUGUGGAUCGCCAACAGCCGUGGAACGAAAUACAGCCUUCGACACAUGUUCCUCUCUCCGAGCAACUCGGCAUAUUGGGAGUGGUCUUGGGAUCAACUUGUUGCCUAUGAUCUCCCUGCUGUAGUUGAAUACGUAUAUAAUCAAACGCGCAAUCAGAAAAUUCACUAUAUUGGGCAUUCUCUUGGAACUUUGAUGGCCCUCGCAUCAUUUUGCGAGCAUCGCCUACUAGACAUGAUACGGUCUGCCGCCCUGCUAUGUCCAAUCGCUUUUUUGGAUCAGAUUACAUCCAGCAUUGCUAGGGCUUCAGCUAAUGCCUUCGUUGGCGAAGUUUCUUAUUGGCUUGGUCUUCAUGAGUUCAAUAUUAUUGGGAGAUCCGGAGACGAACUUCUUUUACAAGUGUGCAAUCAACCUGGUGUUAAUUGCUAUGAUCUGAUAACAUCUUUCACAGGUCGAAAUUGCUGCCUUAAUUCUUCCUCCGUGCGCGUCUUUCUCGACCACGAACCCCAACCUACUGCUAUGAAAAACAUGAUCCACAUGGCGCAGAUGAUACGGAGAGGGACGAUCGCGAAAUACGACUACGACAGCUACGAAGAGAACAUGAAACACUACGGGCAAGCGCAUCCUCCGGCCUACAACAUGUCAAACAUCCCGAACAACUUCCCGUUGUUCCUCAGCUAUGGCGGUCGGGACGCGCUUUCUGAUAGCAACGACGUCAGGCACCUACUGAAAAUGCUCAAGUGCCACCACAAGACCAAGUUGAAGGUUCGGUUCCUGCAAAACUACGCGCACGGCGAUUUCGUCAUGGCCGUCAACGCAAAGCAACUCGUCUACGAUCCGCUUAUUUCAUUCCUUAACCUUUUCUGAGAAGUGUAAUAUAUGUAGUUGUGCAAAAGAAACAAAGAAGAAAAAUUCAACAGCAAAGAUUACAAUUAUAGUCUCUACUAGAGCACAUUUGCACAUGUCAUGAUAAUCGUCUACAUGAAGCGGUUCGGCUGGAUGCGGAAGUUCUUCUGCGCAGUUAUAUAAGCUAAGAGGACGGGAUCGUCGGUGCGGUAACUAGUCGCGGUUUUGCGAAAUAGCUCGUCGCAGUAGACGGGGCACGAAGUAGUACAAGUCUCCGCGUUGUAGCAACUAAACAUCUUCCUCUUGAGCUUCUUUGCGUACUUGAUGAUCACAUUCCGUGCCAUAUACUAUUAUCCAAUGGUGAUA